AUGGCGCUCAAUUGUUCCGUCGAGGUGAAUCCAAUCGAUUCCAACACUGUUUCUAUCAAAUACAUCGUCGGUGGAUGGUUAACAUUAAUCUUUUGUUUAUUUGGUAUUCUUACCAAUAUCUUCACAGUCGUCGUUCUAAUUCAUCCACGAAUGAGAAAUAGUUCAACGCAUGUUUAUUUAAUGGCUCUAUCUGUGUGCAAUGUAUUUCUCUUAACUGGUUUAUUGAUAAAUUAUUCAUUGAAGUCCAUUGCUUCUUAUCCAGAAUUACUAGCCUACCUACGUCGAUCAGAUCUAGCCAAUCGCAAUGCUCUACUAGCCAAUUCGUAUGAGCAGUUCUAUGCACAUGUCGCACCAGUAACAACACCUUUCUUGUCCAUGCUAUUACUAUGUAGUACUUACUUGACUGUUCUUGUCAGUGGUGAUCGAUAUUUUCUUAUUUGUUGGCCAUUGAUUGCGGAAAAGAUUCGUACACGAAAGAUGGCUGUACGUUUACUACUGCUCGUUUUCAUUCUUGUUAAUAUUUAUAUCUUUCCACAUUGGUUUGAAUAUCGCACAAAAAAAGUUUAUAUUGAACGCAAUGUCACAAUAAAUGCAAGUAAUCCAUUAGCAGUUGUUGUUCUACGAGAAAAACUUCACGAGAUAGCUUAUACAAAACUUGGUUCAAACACGAUCUACUUAUCGAUCUAUCGCUUUUAUCUAAAUGUCCCUGUUACUUUUGUAAUUCCAUUCACAUUAUUAACAUUAUGUAAUGGCAGUAUGAUACAUAAAUUAUUAUUAAUUAAAAAAAAGAAACGACGACUAGGCCAUCGUAUGAAAGCAGAUAUUCGAAUAACCAUUAUGUUAAUUGUUAUCGUAUUAACAUUUAUGUUAUGUCGUUCAAUAAAUUUAUUUGUUAAUUUACUUGUACAAUUAUCGCCAUGUUUGAAUCAGAAUUCGUUACAUCGUUUUAAUGCAUUUGCAAAUUUAUUCAUUGCGUUCAAUGGUUUUAUAAAUUUCUUUUUAUUUGCUGUGUUUGGUCAACGUUUUCGUGAAAUGGUUCUAUAUCUAUUUCUCCGACGUGGACAACAUCCAUUCUUGAAUGCACUUGAAGGUCUCAGCGCACACCGGCCGAGUGUAUUCGGUGGCACACCAUCCGGCGAUGCUUCACGAAGACAGUCACGACGAUUCUCAACGAAUGAUUCAGAUCUGUGGGCGGCUAUCUCUCGUCGACGAUCUUCGGCAACCAUGGCUGUUCUCUACAAUCCAUCAGAUACUCGCCCAAGAUCGAUAUCACAAUCAGCAACGAAUUCAUCACACUUGCACAUUCCAAUCGCUUCGAAUGGUAAUAAACAUACAACAUCAUAUUCAUCAAUAAACAUGGCCGAGUCACCCUAUCCGAAUUCAUCCUAUCAACAACUUGCACCGACUAACCACGAUGAACAUUCGAUUAUGAACAAUACUCUAAUUGUCCAUUCAAAUGAUCGCUACUUAAAAAAUCCGAGUCCGAGUUGUAUCAAGAAGAAGACAGAUGAUUUAUCACCUUCAAAUGCACAUCAUGUGAAAUUCGUCUAA